GUGACCAUCCGCGACACGAGAUGAAAAAGCUAAAGCUAAUGGCGCCCCUCAAAUGUGGGAAGCCAACGGCCAAGAAGAAAAGCGACGAAGCAAAGCACAGAGCAUUUCGCUCUCCAGCUCACGUCCAAUCCAUUCCAUCACAGAAUCACACGAUUACAGUUAGGGUAAUCGUCGCCCAGAUUGGGGUUUUCUCCAUUUUCCAUUCCCCCGCCGAUGAUGAAAUGUGCAUAGCCUCCUAGAAGGGGAGUCCAUAGCAAUGGUGAACACAAGUUAUAUACCGCAUAACGAAACGGAGCUGAUCAAGAAUGGGCUUUUGGUGUGCCUUCCAUUGCGCGAUACCCAUACCCGCAGUAUCUUCUACGGAGACAGCCCUCUGGAUCACACCAUGCCCCUUAUCUAUGCGGAGCUCUCUGUCAUCAUUCUCAUAACCCAGCUUCUCCGUGUUCUUCUCAAGCCACUCCGCCAGCCCAGAGUUGUCUCUGAAAUCAUUGGAGGGGUAAUCAUAGGGCCAUCAGUUUUAAGCCGUAGCAAGAAAUUUCGUGACAAUCUUUUCCCAGAACGAGCUAAAUUUAUCACGAGAAAUGUAGGACUUCUGGGGUUCAUGUAUUUCCUCUUCCUGUCUGGGGUCAAGACGGAUUUGUCCCUUUUGAAGAAGGUAGGAAAAAAAUAUUGGUAUGCAGCUGGAGUGAUAGUUGUUCUUCCUUUGCUGUGUGUUAUAUUUGUUGCAAUCCCUCUCAGAAAGUCAAUGGAGAAAGAGGUUGCAAAAGUCUCUUCCCUUAUUGGAAUUGCUUCCGAGUUUGCAAUAACAUCUUUUCCUGUUAUCUACCCCAUCAUCAAAGAGUUCAACCUCCUCAGUUCAGAAAUGGGAAGGACGGCAUUGUCCAUUGCCGUUGUGAGCGAUGUGAUUGGCAACCAAUUUUUACUAAUAUUUGACGCAUCCAAACAAGGGGAAGCAAAGAGUUCAGCUGCUUAUUGGUUCACACUUUCUACGAUAGUUAUGAUGGUAUCCGUCUUUAUAGGUCUUCGACAAGCCAUGAUUUGGAUAGUACGUAUAACCCCAGAAGGGAAACCCGUUGAUCAGAUUUACGUGAUUGCCAUAUUAUUAGGAGUCAUGGUUAUUGGCUUUGUAUGUGAUUUUACUGGGAUACCCAUUGCCAACGGGCCCUUAUGGCUUGGAUUGGCAGUUCCUGAAGGCCCUCCGUUGGGAGAAACUAUAGUGGAAAAGUCUGAGACGUUUAUUUUGGACCUUCUAAUGCCCUUUUCUUACGUAUAUGUUGGGUUGAUCACAGAUGUAUCCACUAUAAGCAGUCAUUGGUCUAUUUUGCAACCUCUUUUCAUAAUUGCUGUAGUGGGUUAUAUAACAAAAUUGCUUUCUGUUCUGCUGAUCUCUAGUUUCUUAAACAUGCCACUUCGAGAUGGUCUCGCUCUUAGCCUUAUUUUGAGUCUGAGAGGUCAAACUGAAGUUUUGUUGUAUAUGCAUUGGAUCGAAGUAAAGAUGAUAACGCCUCCUUAUUAUGCAAUGCUGGUGGUGAUGACAGUGAUGGUGACAGGCAUAAUCACGCCUCUGCUCAGUAUAAUAUAUGAUCCAACAAGGCCUUACAGGGUUAACAACAGAAGGAAUGUUCAGCACACAGCACCCAACUCUGAAUUGAGAAUCGUGACAUGUAUACACAAGGAAGAGAAUGUUCCGGGACUGCUCAACCUCCUCGAACUCACCAAUCCAACGGUUAACAGCCCUUUCUCGGUUUAUGCAAUACACCUAAUCGACUUAAUUGGUCGCGCCGUCCCUGUUUUCAUAGAUCAUCACGCCGGUGAUGGUCCAGCAAAAAAGAAGUCCAAAAAAACGGCUACUCAAAGCCCAAUACACAAUGCGUUGAAGCUCUUCCAGGAGGGUAGAGGUGAAGGAAACAUCAAGAUUCACCCUUACACAUCCAUCUCCCCUAAGAAGAGCAUGUACCAAGACAUAUGCGAGCUGGCACUCACGAAGAAGGCCUCUCUCAUCAUAUUGCCGAUCCACAGAGAUGUGGUUCCUGACGGGUUCCAAACUGUGAACUCUAGUGUACUGGCCCACGCCCCUUGCUCAGUUGCACUACUCGUCGACAGGGGUUUUGCUGAUCAGAACCUUCGCACGAGGCAGCUCUCGAAUUACCAUUUCGCCUUCCUAUUCUUAGGAGGAGCCGAUUCCCGCGAGGCACUCGUUUGUGCCGACCGGAUGGCUUCCCGGCCUGAGAUCUCCCUCACGGUCAUCCGGUUUCUCGCGCAUAAUGGGGAAGGGGAUAACGAGAUGGAAAAGAAACUGGAUGAUGGGCUGGUAACGUGGUUCUGGGUGAAGAACGAGGCGAAUCGGCAAGUGGUAUACCGGGAGGCGGUUGUGAGGAAUGGGGAAGAAACGGUUGCCGCGAUUCAGGCCAUGAAGGAGGAGGAUGAUUACGAUCUGUGGAUAGUUGGAAGGAAGCAGGGGAUUAAUCCAGUGCUUUUGCAAGGGUUGACGAAUUGGAGUCAGAACCAUGAGUUAGGGGUUAUAGGAGAUUAUGUGGCCAAUACAGAUUUAGGUGGUACAGCUUCUAUAUUAGUAGUGCAACAGCAGAUUCUAAGAGGCAGGGAGAGUGCCUAUAGUGCUUUAGUUGGGAAGUUUUCUUGGUGUUUGUAAGCAUAGUAUAGUAGUAAAGAUUUAUUACUCUGUAGAUACCACUGUUAGCAAAAUGAAACACAGUAAUUGUUUUAGAGUUUGACUUACUGCAUACUUGAUGUAACAUUUGCUCUCUGUUGUGCAAAGAUUUGUUUCAUGAGGUUGUUCUUUUUCCUUUACUGUAAGUUAU